AUGGCGGCGACGGCGCAAAUGGAAGCCCUGGUCGCCGCGCUGCAAGACCCGGAAACGCGCGAGAACGCGCUCUUGGACCUGAGUAAAAAGCGCGACAUGUUUGCGGAUCUCGCGCCGACGCUUUGGUUCUCGUUCGGCGUCGUGCCGGCGCUGUUGCAAGAGAUCGUGGCGAUCUACCCGCUGCUCAACCCGCCGAGCCUGACGAAUCACGCGAGCAAUCGCGUGUGCAACGCGCUGGCGCUGCUGCAGUGCGUGGCGAGUCAUCCCGAUACGCGAGGAUUGUUCCUCGCGGCGCACAUUCCGUUGUUCUUGUACCCGUUCUUGAACACGGUGAGUAAGACGCGGCCGUUCGAGUACCUGCGGUUGACGUCGCUGGGGGUGAUCGGGGCGCUGGUGAAGAUGGACGACACCGAGGUGAUCAACUUUUUGUUGAGCACAGAAAUCAUUCCGCUGUGCCUGCGAACGAUGGAGUUGGGGAGUGAGUUGAGUAAGACGGUGGCGACGUUCAUUGUGCAAAAGAUUUUGAGCGAUGAGGUGGGAUUGUCGUACAUUUGCGCCACGGCGGAGCGCUGCUACGCGGUGGGGACGGUUUUGGGGGGGAUGGUCACGCAGCUCGCGGAGCAGCCGAGCGUGCGUUUGCUGAAGCACAUCAUUCGAUGCUACUUGAGAUUAAGCGAUAACCCGCGGGCGAGAGAUUGCUUGAGACAGUGCUUUCCGGAUCAGUUGAGGGAUCCAGCGUUCACGGCGUACCUGAAGGACGACGUCGCCACUCAAAAGUGGUUGGUUCAGUUAUUGCACCAGUUGGGGUACACAACCUGAUUGAUUGACUAGACGAGCACCGAUACCCUAGCGCAACCGCCCUGAACGAUACCCUAGCGCAACCGCCCUGAAAUUUAAUUAGCCUUUAAAUCGAAAAUAUCCCGUUGUCUUG